GAUUUGGAGCUGGUAUUUAGCUAAUGACAUGCAAUUUUAUAUAAUCGCUAUGACGCUGUUGGUUUUGUCAACUAUGUACUUCUAUACAGCUGUUAUGAUAUUAGGUGUACUUUUAGUGGGUUCAAUUAUCUUUAGCGGAUACAUUUCAAAUAUUUAUGAAUAUGUUCUAACAGUGGAUCCAGUGGAUGGAUUUGUAGAUGUCUUCUACACCCCACCAUGGAUGAGAAUAAUCCCAUAUAUUAUUGGAAUAAUUGCAGGUUACGUUUUAGUAAAAUUGAACAACAAUUUGAUGUUGAAAAGAAAAAUUGUUAUUUUGUGUUGGUGCAUCUUUUGUUUUAUGAGUACUUGCAACGUUUUUGUAUCAUUUGUUCUUUAUCACAAGCGAUUCGUCCUAUUUACUGCUAUAUAUGUGGCACUGCACAGAUUAUUUUCAGCCAUAGGUAUGGCAUGGAUUGUAAUAGCGUGUUGUACUAAACAUGGAGGAAUCGUUAAUAAAUUACUGUCGUUUAAAGUCUGGAUCCCUCUUAGUAGACUUACGUACUGCGCUUAUCUUUUAAAUCCUGUCAUCAUGCGUUCAAUUUGUUUGUAUAGUGAAACGUCAAUUCAUUUUGAAAUACCAACUUGGUUUGUUCUAAUUGUGGGAUAUAUU